CCUCCCCUCCUCGCAACGCGCGCAUGCGCACCGGGCUGGUCCGUGCUUGCACUGUCUGUGGUGAAGUGGGUGCCCAUAAAGACAUAUGGCGGGGAAGAGGAAGUAGAGUUGGGGUCCUGCCUUCUACUGAAACUUAUAGUGAGAAUCUCAGCUCUGACUGUACCUGUUAAAUGUCUAGAAGAACAGAAUGAAUUCUGAAAUUCACAGAACGAACAUGUUUGUUACAGAUGGUAGGCACAAGUCACUUUUGUGCCUGGAUUUUCCAGUACUCUGAAAAGACAUCAAAUGAUUUUAGUCCGUUCCUUGAUGAAAAUGGCAGCCAACAAUGCAGUUUUGAGCAGAUUGGAACAGAAAGGUGCAGAAGCAGAUCAAGUUAUUGAAUACCUGAAGCAGCAAGUUGCCCUUCUCAAGGAAAAAGCUUUCUUGCAGGCAUCACUGAGGGAGGAAAAGAAACUUCGUGUAGAAAAUGCUAAACUGAAGAAAGAAAUUGAGAUUCUAAAACAGAAAUUGAUCCAGGCAGAAAUCCGGAAUGGAGUGAAACAAAUCUCUGUACCACUCAGUGAAACACCUUCUACAGCGACAUUUUCAGAAGGUUUCUCUCAGCCAGUCGCUGUUGACGUAGCUUCAUCUGAACUCAAGGAACAACCUAAAGGAGCAAGUGAAGAAAAGAAGAAAAAGGACAAAGCAGAAAAGAAAGGAGAAAAGAAGGAGAAAAAGCAGUCAGCUGCAAAUGAUGACUUAAAACCUUUAGAUGUUUCUCGGCUUGAUUUUCGUAUUGGUUGUAUCAUGGCAGCAAAGAAACACCCAGAUGCUGAUACUUUGUAUGUCGAAGAAGUUGAUGUUGGUGAAGCAAAUCCUAGAACUGUUGUCAGUGGUCUAGUGAAACACAUUCCUUUAGAAGAGAUGCAGAACCGGAUGGCGAUAUUUCUCUGUAACCUGAAGCCAGUAAAAAUGAGAGGAGUGUUGUCCCAGGCCAUGUUGAUGUGUGCUAGCACACCAGAGAAGGUGGAAAUUCUAAUCCCACCUAGUGGGGUUGUUCCUGGAGAGAGAAUCACAUUUGAAGGCUUUUCUGGUGAACCUGAUAAAGAACUUAAUCCAAAGAAGAAAAUAUGGGAGCAGAUUCAGCCUGAUCUUCAUACCAAUGACCAGUGUGUUGCCACAUAUAAAGGAGUACCAUUUGAAGUGAAAGGAAAAGGCAUAUGCAGGGCUACUACCAUGGCCAACAGUGGAAUCAAGUAAACACUAACAAGUUGUGGAGCAGCUUGAGGUCAUUUUGAGUGGAAAAAAAAUGUGAACACAAUUAAACGAAUAUUGCCUCACCUAAAAA